GGGACAUACAACUUGUCCGGCGUUAGAAAGUACCCUAGUCUCUCUCCCGUUCGACUUUCAAGAUGUCCUCAGUGCCCAAGUUCAAGCUCAAUACCGGUGCAUCAAUACCUGCCGUUGGCUUGGGUGGAUGGAGUGGUACGACGAAAGAAGAACAUGCACGUUCCACGCCGUGGUUCCUAUCUGCAUUAAAGGCAGGAUACAGACACAUUGAUACAGCCUGGGGCUAUGGCACCGAAAAGUAUGUAGGCGAGGCCAUCAAACAAUCGGGGGUUCCUCGCGAAGAGAUCUGGAUUACUACCAAAUUGCCUUGGAACCAUCCAGGUCUACGCACCGUCGAGCAAUCCCUUGACGAUAGCCUCCGAAACCUUGGUACUGACUAUGUCGAUCUGUAUCUAUUGCACUGGCCACAAGUGGUGGAUUGGCCUGAUGCGGGACCUGAAUACAAUGGAGAAAUCAAGGCGCGCGACGGGCCCACGUUCAACGAGACGUGGGCCGGAAUAGAAGAAGUUUACAAGAAGGGAAAGGCAAAGAACAUCGGCGUCAGUAAUUUCUCGGUGAAGAACCUGGAGAAGUUGCUCACCACGGCAAACGUUGUGCCUGCGGUGAACCAGGUGGAACUGCACCCUUAUCUUGCACAGGAAGACCUCAAGGCCUACUGCGACUCCAAGGGCAUUGUCCUGACCGCGUACGCACCCACUGGCUAUAACAAUGUUCGGUCAGACCCGUUGAUUGUGGAGCUCGCGGCCAAAUACAAGGUAGCGCCCGCACAGGUUGUCCUCGCGUGGCACCUCGCCCGUGGUGUCGUCGUCGUGCCAAAGAGCUCGAACGUAGAGAGGCAGAAGGAGAACGUCAACCUGCCGACGCUCGAGCCGGAAGACGUGAAGCGAGUUACGGCCCUCGACCGGAACCAGCGUCUCUGCAACAAGCCAGACGCUGACGGCAUGGUGUGUGGGUGGACCGUGGAACAAAUGGGAUGGUGAAGGUUCGUGUCCGGACCCCAAUUUCGGAAGAAACGCGUCGAAGCAAUGUACGACUAGCCGUGGAAUGUGAUUUUUACAUGACCCUCUC